AUGGCCUUUUUCUGGAUCUCCCUGCUUCUGCUGCUGAGCUUGUCGUCUGUCUACUGCAGCUCCACUUCAUCCCCCGAAGACUUCACUUCAACAGAUUCCAACCGACUUUCCAACCAGACGUCACUAGAGACGACAGAGGAGACUCUCGCUGAGGUCGUUGCCAGCUCGACUCUCGCUGACAAUAUUCAAACGCAUUCUUCGACUGAGAUUGGAAACAGCACAGAGAUUGCAACUUUCUUGUACGAGCGAACCGCUGAACACGACUUUGAAGCGUCAGAAGAUGCUAACACGGCGACGUUUCCCGCUUCAACGCCGGACCUCGAGACAGAACAAUCGUGGACUUUCAAAGACAAAACCACGAGUGAAGCUGAAAAGGCCAAAACUACAGCUGGAUUUAUGAGCACCAAGGCUGGGACUGAGGCUACAACAUCCAUGAAAACUACAAAGAUGGCGGCGACGACAGCUGGAGCCACAACAACAGCGCCCCCUCUCCUGUCUCCUAAAGCUUCUCUCUGCACCUCAAACAUCUCUGUGGUCUUCACUGAGCCUGAGUUGGCCCUGGUUCUGGUCCAGUCCUGGUCCAGUGAGUGUGACUUCACCGUGUUUGUAAGAGGAGACAGCCAAUCAGAGGAAGAGCAGAGCCAGAAGAGCCAAUCAGAAGAGCAGAGUGGAGAAUACUGGUGUGAGCUGCAGCCAAGACCUCUCCCUCAGCCUCGGGAGUCUGAAGCGCCAUCCGAGGGAACGUCAGGAGCCUCAUACCACUGCCUCCUCACAGGACUGGAGCCAGGGACUUGGUACAAUGUGACUGUGAUGUCACAUAAAGAUAAAGAGAAGAGCAGAGGACAACUGCAGACAGCUCCAGCUCCUGUCUCAGACCUGAAUCUGGUCCCAUCGUCCCGCAGCCUCUCAGUCUCCUGGAUCCCGGGUCCCGGUCGAGCAGACUAUGUUUUGGUGACGGUUUCAGAGGAGAAGAGGGCCGACCGAAGCGUGCGUGUGUCCAGCCGAGAGUCCAGUGCUGAAGUGAGUGGUCUUCAGCCCGGGACACGCUACAACGUGACGGUGACGACAGAGAGAGGAGCGAGGAGAGCAGCAGUCAGUGCACAGACAACUACAGUUCCGGCUGCGGUCCUCCUCCUCAGCCUGGACUCGCUCGGCAGUUCGGUCUCUCUGGAGGCCUCCUGGCUUCCACCACCAGGGGGAGUAGAGGGUUACGAACUUGUGUUGUCGGCGCCCGGGGUGGAGUCUCGACACAAGCUCCUCCCCCCUGAUGAUGUCACUCGUACACAGUUUGACGGUCUGGUCCCAGGACGAGUUUACGAGCUGGGAGUCCGGACGCGAGUCGGAGACCAGAGCAACGAGACCCGGACUCGAGGGCAGACCGCUCCUGCCCCGGUUAAGCUGCUCUCGGUGGGGCACAGCAACGAGAGGUCUGUGAGUGUCUCCUGGAGCCCUCCUGAUGGAGACUGGGACCUGCUCACCGCUCGUCUGUCACAGGGUGAGUCGCUGGUGUCGGAGAAGAGCCUCUCUGCGGACUCCUCCUCGGUGACCUUCAGCUCUCUGACCCCAGGGCAGGACUACAGUGUGUCUGUGCGGACCAUCAGGGGGAACCAGAGCUGCUCUUCUAACGUCACCGCGAGGACAGCUCCAGCUCAGGUGUCGUCCCUCUCCCUCUCCAGCGGGGGCAGCACUGACUCCCUGCAGGCCCAGUGGGAGGCCGCAGUGGGGGGUCUGGACUGGUACCAGGUUCUACUGGUCCGGGACAGCGUCAUCAUCAAGAACCAGAGCGUGGGUCCAGACAGCAGGAGCCUGACCUUCACCUCGCUGAGCCCUGGGACAGAGUACAGGACAGUGGUGACGGCCGUGAGGAGGGGGAGAGAGGGGAGACAGAGAGUGGGAGAGGGCCGGACCGUGCCGGCCGCGGUGCGCGACGUCUCGGUCAGCAACAACGGCCGCAUGGACUUCCUGAGCGUGUCGUGGCGCCCCCCGGUGGGGGACGUGGACAGUUACCUGGUGACGCUGCGGGACCAGAAGACCAAGAUCCACACGCUGGUGGUGUCCCGGUCCAGUCCCGAGUGUGUCUUCAAGUCUUUGGUCCCCGGACGUCUGUACGAGAUCACCAUCAGCAGCCGCAGCGGGGCCUUCGAGAACAGCAGCAGCGUCCAGGGCCGAACACAGCCGUCCCCGGUGCAGCUGCUCACUGCGACCCACGCGGCUCGGGAUGGUUACCUGAAGGUGUACUGGGGCGACGCCCGCGGGGACCUGGACUCGUACCAGGUGUCGCUGCAGCACCAUGCGCGAUUCGUGCACAACAUGUCGGUGCCCAAGACGCAGCGCGAGUGUGCGUUCAAAGCACUGGAGCCGGGGCGCCUGUACACCGUCCUGGUCAGCACGCGCAGCGGCGAGUACGAGACCAGCGCCUCCACGGACGGACGCACACUCCCGGCCCCGGUGCGCUCGCUCCGCCUGUCCUCCUCCUCUCCGGACUCUCUUAGCGUGGCGUGGCUCUCGGCUCCAGGAGAGGUGGACCACUACGAAGUGCAGGUGGUCUACAAUGACAUCCGAGUCUUUCCUCCACAGACUCUGGGCAGCUCUGUGGACCACUGCACCCUCUCCUCACUCACCCCAGGACGUCUCUACAAGAUCCUGGUGUCCACCUUCAGUGGUCCCAACCAGCGGGCCGCGUACAUACAGGGACGCACAGUCCCAGGGCAGGUGAAGAACGUGCAUGUGUCUAACGGAGGCGACAGCAGCAGUCUGACGGUGACCUGGGCGUCCGCUGUGGGGGAUGUGGACAGCUACAGGGUCCACCUCCUCAGAGAGUCCCGGCUCCUGGACUCCAGACCGGUCCCCAAAGACCGGACCCAGGCCCAGUUCCAGUCUCUGCAGCCGGGUCAGAGCUACAGCCUCGUGGUGCAAACGCUGAGUGGAGAUCUGGACAACAACCGGACCGCGACUGCAAGGACGGUCCCCUCCAGUGUGGCGGGCUUGCUGGUCUCUGCUUCCCGCUCCUGGGGCUGUUUGGAGCUGAGCUGGGAGCCUGCAUUGGGGGUGGCUGACGGAUACAGCCUCAGCCUCCAGGAGCAGACAGGGGGCGCUGUGGCCAAUGUUUCCACGGACCUGACCCAUCACCAGUUCGAUGGUCUGCGGCCCGGACACAAAUACAAGCUCCUGGUGCAGACGACCAGCGGGGAAGAGCGCAGUGCGGCUGCCAUGGUGCAUGCCACCACCACUCCGGCCGCAGCCUCAGACCUGGCCCUCCGCUCCUCCUCGCCCUCCUCCCUCUCCUUCUCGUGGUCAGCACCUCUGGGGGACUUUGAUGGAUUCCACAUGACGCUAUUGCGCUGGGACGGCUCAGUGCAGGAGCGGCGCUCUGGGGACCGCGCCCUGGGGGGGGCCAGCUUCAGGCAACUCAGGCCGGGGGCAGAGUAUCAGCUAAGGCUGGAGACCAGGAGCGGAGAGCAGAGGAACCACACCUCUGUGGGGGCACGCACCGUGCCGGCUGCCGUGGUCAGUCUUCAGGCCCUCAGCUCAAACCGGACCGGCUCUCUGGACCUGUCCUGGGGCAGACCUGAGGGGGAGCUGAGUUGGAUUGGCCUGGUCCUGCUGGAGCCAAAUGGGACCGUGCACUGUGAGGACCAGGUGGGACCAGAGAUCACCAGCUACAGCUUCAGCGGGCUCACACCAGGACGCAUGUACACGGCUGUGGUGACCAGUGCGAGUGGAGAGCUACGCAACAGCGCCACCACACAGGCCAGGACCGCCCCCCUCCCCCCCUCCUCUCUGCUCUUUGGUGCUGUCACAAACACGUCUCUGGAGCUGGCCUGGACCCCGCCCCUCGGCUGUGACCUGGACGACGUGUCUCUGUGGUGGGAGCCCCCUGACUCCCUGUCUGUGGUGAACCCGUACCAUCGGGGGGGAGCAAGCCGCCUGGUGAGGGGGCUGCACCCGGGGAGACUCUACCGCUUCAGCCUGCGCACGGUCAGCGGAGCCACGGACCAGGACCGGGUCUACAGCCAGAGCAUCAGCCAGAGCAUUCGCACUAAACCGGGCGGUGUCCUGGGCCUUCACUGCCGUCCUCAGAGCUCCACCUCCAUCUCCUGCUUGUGGGCGCCCCCUGUGGCCGACUUCGACUCUUACAGUGUGGAGUGUGUGGUGCAGGAGACGCGGGUCCCGGUGUACUCCCGCCGCACUACACCGGACCACACCUUUUACCUCAUCCAGGACCUGGAGCCUCACCGCAACUACGCCGUCACCGUCAAAGUCAUCUCUGACCGGAGCAUCAGCGAACCGGCCACUGAGAGCGUCAUCACCAUGAUCGACCGUCCGCCCGUGCCCCCUCUCUCCACCCGUGUCAGCGCAGACUCUCCGGUUUCUCAGUCGUUCAUCUUGUUCCGGUUCAACUGCAGCUGGUUCAGUGAUGUCAACGGAGCCGUGCGUUUCUUCACCGUCGUGGUGUCCGAGUCAGACGACCCAUUGAGUCUGCAGCCGGAACAACGCCACCCUCUGGCCUCCUACAGUGACUACAUGUCCAACAGCUCUGUGCGAUCGUACCAAACCGGAUACUUUGAGAGUGUGUGCUCUAAGGGCCAGGGAUCGGAUCAGGGACCGGACCAGGCUUUGGACCAGGCUUUGGACCAGUCUGCAGAGGGGUUCCACAUCAGUUUGGGCUCUGGUAUGGCUCUCCUCGGGGGUCCCUGUUUGGAGAAUGAAGAUGUGUUCUGUGACGGACCGCUCAAGCCCAACACUGCCUACAGGAUCAGUGUCAGAGCCUUCACGCUGCUUUCAGAGGAGGAUGAGGCUCCUCUCUUCUCAGACACUUUCCUCUCUCUACCUGUCGUCACGGCGGCCGAGCCGCGCAGUGGUGUUGUGGAGGGAGUGAGCGCUGGGCUGUCCCUCGUGGCUGUUCUCAUCGGAGUCACCGCUCUCAUCGUCUGUCGGCGAAAGUCUCGCAAAGUAGCUGAGGAGGUUCCGAUAGUCCGCAGAAACUCGAGAGAGAGGCCCACGUCUGCGGUGCAGCUCGGCCUCAGAGGACAAAGGCGUAUCUCCAGUCCCAUAAAAGUUCUGAACUUUGAGGCUCAUCUGGUGAAACUGCAGAGUGACUCCCACUACCUGCUGUCCCAGGAGUACGAGGACUUAAAGGAUGUGGGCCGGAACCAGCCCCUGGACACCGCUCUGCUGCCCGAGAACCGAGGGAAGAACCGCUACAACAACAUCCUGCCCUACGACUCGACGCGUGUUAAACUGUCGUACACAGACGACGACCCCAGCUCUGACUACAUCAACGCCAGCUACAUCCCGGGCUCUCACUUCCGGCGUGAGUACAUUGCGACCCAGGGGCCUCUGCCCGGGACCAAAGACGACUUCUGGAGGAUGGUGUGGGAGCAGAACGUGCACAACGUGGUGAUGGUGACGCAGUGUGUGGAGAAGGGACGGGUGAAGUGCGACCUGUACUGGCCCCGGGACCAGGAGCCUUUGUUCUAUGGAGACCUGAUCGUGCAGAUGAGGUCCGAGUCUGUGCUGCCGGAGUGGACCAUCCGCGAGUUCAGCAUUUGCUCCGAGGACCGUCUGGGACCGGCCAGAGUCCUGAGGCAGUUCCACUACACAGUGUGGCCAGAUCACGGGGUCCCGGAGACCACCCACAGCCUGGUCCAGUUUGUGCGCACCGUGAGGGACUACGUGAACCGCAGUCCAGGAGCCGGGCCCACACUGGUCCACUGCAGUGCUGGUGUGGGGCGCACAGGGACCUUCAUAGUCCUGGACAGACUCCUGCAGCAGCUCUCGUCCUCAGACUGUGUGGACAUCUACGGCUGUGUGUUCGACCUGCGUCUACAUCGGGCUCACAUGGUUCAGACGGAGGUACAGUACUCGUACCUGCAUCAAUGCGUUCGUGACGUUCUUCGAGCACAAAAACUCAGAGAUCAAGAUAACGUUUGUCCGAUCUACGAGAACGUCCACUAUAGUCCAAACAGAGACCCGCUCGGCACCAGAUGCUGA